UGCUCCCAAGGCUGCAAAUUAAAUCUUCCCACUCCAUUCUUCUCCUAAUCCAGUGUAGGAAGGUUGCAGUUUUGUGCCAUCUACUGAUAUUGGACAUUGCAUUUUGCUUUUUCUCUGUGUUGCUCGGGAGAAGACAACCGAAAUGAGCAAAAUUCUGGUAAUGGGUUUCACCAUUCUGCUCUACUUCAAUAUAGUUGGAACUCUGGUCUGUCAUUACUGUCGCAAUGUCAAACCUGACAACACUUGUGAGCCUAAGGAAACUACUUGCAGGACAGCACCAAUGAAUUACUGCUUCACUCAAAUCAUUUCUAAAGAAUUUUCUAUACAAAGGGUCAGACGGGGCUGCAGCCGUGCGUGUUAUUCCAUCAGGUUCAAGAAAUAUCGACUUGAAAGAGAAAGACUCUGCUGUACCAAAGACCGCUGCAAUGAUCACGAUAUCUGGGUUGCAAAGAAAUAA